AUGUGGCGGUUUGGGAUGGUCCUGUCCGUGGUGCUGAUCCUGGUGGUGGUGGCGGCCACCGUCGGACAUUCUGCCGGCUGCUACAUCAGCAACUGCCCCCGGGGCGGCAAGAGAGCUCUGGAGUCCAGGAGCGGGCAUGAUGCGAGGGAGUGCCCUCGUUGCGGGCCGUCGCUGUCGGGCCGGUGUAUCGGGCCCACCACGUGCUGCAGCCCGCUGGCCGGCUGUACCCGCAGCCUGAGCGUGGCUCUGGAGUGCUCCAUGGAGAACCUGGUGCCCGUGCCGUGCAGACCGGACGGCCCGUCCUGCACCCUGCCCGGCCAGCAGACAGGCACCUGCGUAGGAGAAGGGAUGUGCUGCAUGGACGGAGAAAAAUGCAGUCUGUCUCCAGAAUGCUCCGCGAGGAACGCUGAAGACGAAGAAGCAAGAAGGCAAGACCGGCGGUCGGUGCUGCCCCACUGGGUUCUGUCCGGGAACACCCCUCCGGACGUGCAGAAAUGGUGGUGACGGACCGCCUUUCGUGCGCCCACAUCUACUCAGAACCGCAGGGUUAUUCCAUUCAGAGGGGUGAAAUGGAAAGGCUCAGUGUAUUCUACUUUUUCACGUGACGUCAGAAUCGAGAUCGACCCGGAAGUCCGCCAUGUUGGAUGAUAAGCUAUUUUAUAUUACCAGGUUAUCAUCCAACAUGGCGCCGAUGCGUGACGUAGCGAUUUUCGAACGUUCGGUGAAAAAGAAGAAUUCUAAGCCUUAGUAGUUAUGGUAACUCUGAAACAAAGGGCAAGAUGAAAUGUUGUAU